AGAACAAGGCCUCUCUCUUCCUUUGCAGCUCUUCAAGGAGAACAUCGGUGUGUGCGUCGCUCUCCGUAAGUUUGGAGGACGCCACCCCUGCCGAUGCGUCUAUUACAUUGAUUUCCUUUUUUAAGUCCAUAUCAGACCUCGAAGCACAAGGAAGGCGUUGGUGCAACUCAAGGACCGAACAUGACAACUUCGUACCGCACGCAUCUAGCGACGCUACAACACGGUGCCCAUAAUGCUCUUCACACAGCAGCAGAGGUGGACAUGGUGGUGAGCUCAGCAGAGCAGCUCGCUGCCCUCCAUUACAAACGCUUUACUUCGUCGUGGGACAUCCCCAAGCUGCUUUGCGCUACUCUUCGGGUGCAACUGAACGCACGAAUGACAAACACGGACGGCGCACGGGCACUACCACUGUCGUGCCUUCUACAGCUCUUUCUAGUGUGUUGGAAGAUGUGCCCAGUGGUCUCGCUACCGCAGCCAGCGAGUGCGUCGAAGCCCUCAUCGUCGUCGUCGUCAUCGUCGGAGUGGUGCAGUGCUCACUCCGCGUUGAGGAUGUCGCAAAGAGACGUGGAACGCGUUGCCACUGAACUGGACUCUUUGCGAGACUUCAGUGGGGCAAACUCCUUCUCUUGUUGCUCUCUUUCCACCUUUUCGGUCACAAAAGGAAACGCAGAUGUUUACCGCACCGCGCUGUCGGUCCUCAUGGCUCUCCUUGCUUAUUUUCAUGUCAUCGCUGCAGACGAUGACGCAGACGCGGGCGAACGAGACGGUGAGGACGGCAGCUUUCAAAGCGCGUCUGAAACAGUGUGGUGCUGCGUGCACGGGUGGGCCUCGUCUGACGCAAACGCAGGCGUUCGUGUGAUGGCCCUUACAACGUGGAUGAACACCGUGCUGCGGCGUGCGCUGCGCUCUGGCACGGCAGCCCCUCUGCUGCGCACGGUUGAUUGGUUAGAAGGCUUUCUGACGUCGGCGACGCCUUCCUUGACUCCGCCGGCUACCGCCGCUAACUUUCCUGCCAGCGCCACACUCGAUGAGUGUUGGGCUCGACUGCACACGCGGGUCCUCCAACACGUGUGCAUGAGCCUGCACAAGAGCCAAGCUCUUCUUAAAGAACGUUGGUCCCACGUCGUCGCAGUUGUGCUGGCGCGUGUCUUCGCGCAUGAGCCGCCGCUGCUUUCCGGCACUUUUUCGCAAGCCUUUCACCUGGGUGACUCAUUCGAGAACUCGCUGAGUGGGUUGGUGGACGAGGUGCGCUGCCUUCAUGGCGAUGCCUCUGCAGAGGCAUUUUCUUUGGAGGCCGGCGCACGAGUCUUCUCACCGCUUUUGCAGCUGGCGGCGCUGCAGCGACACGCGGACGCGAUGUGCCUGCGCAUCACGCCGUUCAUGUCUGCGCAAACGUACGCGACCUACGUGCGGCCCGGAGUGGCGGUGUGUUUGCGAUGGGGUCUGGUGGACGUGGCGAUGACCUUGCUGGAGUGGGCCUUUGAUGGGCUGGACGAUCAUGGCGAGGCGUGGCUGCAGCGGCUGCGCCAACUCAACUGUGAAGCUGAUCUAGCGGUGGAGAAGCGUGCAGCAGUGCUGUUAAUUAGAACUGAUGAAGCGCAGCACGAAGUGAAGACGAGGGAUAGCUUCGGCGGUUAUCUUUAUUCCGAAUGGAUGGAGCAGCAGUCGUCGUCCUCUCCAGAGUGGCCGGUAACCGCAUCACAGGCCCUCACCAUUUUGGUUGGCAGCAACAGCACGUGUGUGAAUCAACUUCGGCUUGUGUGUGAUGCCCUGCUGCGCUGUCCGGCGGCGUGGAGUACGCAAGUGUUGACGGACCCCUACGCCGCCUACUUUGUUCUGCGUAGUCUCGCACAGCUCGCCACUCACUUUCUGGAUAUCGGCGACCCGCCGCUGGCCCGCUUUUACCUCGCACUGCUGUGUCGCCUGCUCCCACGCUACCUCUGUCCUUCUCUGCUUCGUGUGGUUCUGUCCCUGUUCCAGCGCUUCGCACGCGCACUGUCCUCAUAUUGCCUGACUCCUGUUGAGCACGCAGUGCCGUCGUCCGCGUACGAGCAGUCUGUGCUGGCGUGGCGUCGUGUGAGGGAGCACCUCGACGCCGCCGCCUUGCCGAACUUUAAUGCGGAAAAGCUUCCUUCCACAAAUCUCACCGGGCUCUCAACGUACGUGACGGGAGCGGCAUGGCGAGCCCGACGGGAGUUUCAGCUGCAUUGCGCCGCGACGCACUCACCGCCUCUGCUACGAGAGACAGAUAGUCCAGCCACAACGCAAGCAGACAGCCGCUUUGAUCUACGUGGCACCGUCGUUGAAGCACAGUUCAACCCGGACCAUGGCGGCACUCUGCGGCUGCAGUGGUGCCAAUUGGGCACACACGCGCGUAGGUCUUCGCAUCUGGGCUUUGAAGCGUGUGGAUUUGCGCCGUGUCACACGACGGGUCAUCGUGGUGUCGCCGACGAACUACGCGCCUGUGCGGCGGCGAUGGCAGACGUACUGCGUCACAAUCGUGAGCAACUCCUGCGCGGCAGCGGUGGGGCGGAGGCGGCGGGGGAGAACGCCCCCUGGGUAGAGAGCCGAGGAAGGACGCAGGAUUCAUCGUUCUCCUUGUCGACAGAGGGGACAGAAAAUGCGAAGACGACGAGCAGUCGGUCGGACACUCCGCCUGCUGCAACGGCCGCCGCCUACUCGUUUGUGGCAGAGGCUGCUGCGCAGGUACGUCAUCAACGUAAGACGGAGUGGUGGCAAGCCAGGUAUGCGCUGGACGCCCGAAUCCAUACCGCCGUCCUGUCACUGCAGAAGAUACUCGGCGGUCUCCGCGUGUUGCUGGCCGGCCGACCCGGCGACGAGCUCACCUCUCGCCUAGCCACCCUUGCCAUGAACUUCGCCUCUCAGUGUGUUCAACUGCGAGGCAGUCAGUCUUGUCCUUCGCUUGACGCCCUUUAUCGAGCGACACUCUUCGUGUUGUUGGGCGGACCUUUCCUCUGGUCUACCGCACGCGACGACAACGACGCGCAGCCUUCGUGCUUCUAUGGCCCACCUGAGCAUCACAUGUGCUCUGCGUGUGCGGCCACAUUGCGCAAGGCGCGCACCUCCCUGUUAGAAGCAAUAAUAGAAACUGGACAGAGUAUGGUGACGUACGACGAGCGCCAACCUGCGCCUCUCAUCCCCGACUGCAGCGAGGCGGGCGACGACGAUGAUGACGCGUGGGUGAGUCUUCUCGUGGACACUUCUCUUAACGCCUUGGUGGAGGCGUUGGCCAGCGCUGCCCUCAGCGCGUACUACGACGAAUGUGUGCUGCACACGGUGGACUCCGCAGAGACGUCGCCGCGCCAUCACCUCGACCUCCUGCUGCAUCCACGCGAGCACACGUAUCUUAUCUUGGGCGGAGAGCUGCAUGGGCUGCCGUGGGAAGGGCUGGAUGUGUGCCGUGAUCGGAGCACGUCGCGGGUGCCCUCUCUCGACUAUCUACGGUGUGCCUACCAGUCCCUCCGUGGCGACGCCGUAUCCCUCAGACGCACUCUCCUCUACCGUGACUGCGAAGCCUACCUGAGCAACUCGGGAUUGACCGAUCUCAUCGCACGACGCCCAACAUGGGAGGUGAACUACGGGGACACGCUUUGCUCCGCGGCUGCUGCACAACGCACGCGAGGGCAGCCAUCGUCGUCUGCAUCCACGCUGCUGCGCCGGGUCGUGGGCCCCCCGACAGACACCGAUCACCUCGACACGUACGUGUACGCCGGGCACAGAGGUGGGGAGCAGCUGAUCUCACGCGACGCCCUGUACGAGUGGCUUCCAUGUUCUCUGUGCACGCAAUCGUCUCUCGUCCUGUUGAUGGGGUGCAGCUCGGCCCGUAUGCUCGGCAACGCUGAGUACGACAACUUCGGCCUCCCCUACGCGUACCUCAGCGCCGGCUGUUCGUGCGUGGUGGGGUGCCUGUGGGACGUCACGGACGGUGAUGUGGACCGCCUCACCUGCCGCCUGCUGAAUUUCGCCGCGACGGCUCCUUCAACGCGGACGACGGUGGGGGAGUCGCUGGCGGUAGCGCGGCGGGCAUGCAAGCUGCGCUGCCUUACCGGCCUGUCCACGGUCUUUUACGGACUUAAUCUCCCCUUUGAAAAGGUGUGA